UUCCUAUAAAUAAAUCCCUUUCCUCCAAUUUCUCUCAAUCAACCAAAUUCAUCUCUCUCAGCAUAUGUCUCAGAGAUCUAACAUCCCACACUUUGCAUCGAUAGCCUUUGGCAUCCAUUCUCAUCUCUUGGUUUCCAGUGAUACGUCCUCCAAUUCCAACUGGUCCUAAUUUUUUCCUACAACUCAAAAAAUAAAACAAGAGAAUCAAGAUCCCCUUUUAAUUUUUCAUCAAGAAAAAGCUAAAAAAAAAAAAAAAACAAAGACUUUGUUUGGAGCAGAUCUUGAUUUAUUAUGGGGGUGAAAGGAUUUGUUGAAGGAGGCAUUGCUUCAAUUAUCGCUGGAUGUAGUACACAUCCACUCGAUCUCAUCAAGGUACGUAUGCAGCUUCAAGGCGAAGCGUCAGGUACAGUAAAUCCUGUCCAGACGCUUCGCCCUGCUCUUGCUUUUCAUCCAUCUAACGCCCACGUGCCAGUUGCUCCACGUGUGGGGCCCAUUUCUGUCGGGGUACGGAUCAUCCAGCAAGAAGGCGUCGCCGCGCUUUAUUCUGGCGUGUCAGCUACCGUUCUUAGACAGACCCUUUAUUCGACUACCCGGAUGGGUUUGUACGACAUGUUGAAGACAAAAUGGACGGACCCUGAUACGAAUAACAUGCCCUUGGGUAAAAAAAUUGUUGCGGGACUCAUCGCCGGAGGCAUCGGGGCCGCGGUCGGGAAUCCCGCUGAUGUGGCGAUGGUCCGCAUGCAGGCGGACGGCAGAUUGCCGUCCGCCCAGAGGAGGAAUUACAAGAGCGUGGUGGACGCUAUUACUCAAAUGUGUAAGAGUGAGGGGGUCACUAGCCUGUGGCGCGGUUCAUCCCUUACUGUGAACCGCGCCAUGCUAGUGACAGCCUCACAGUUGGCGUCCUAUGACGAGUUCAAGGAGAUGAUUUUACGGAAGGAUAUCAUGAAAGACGGGCUCGGGACCCAUGUGACCGCGAGCUUUGCUGCCGGGUUUGUGGCGGCGGUGGUGACGAAUCCGGUGGAUGUGAUCAAGACUCGUGUGAUGAAUAUGAAGGUGGAGCCCGGAAAGGCUCCACCUUACCGUGGCGCCCUUGAUUGUGCAAUGACCACAAUCAAAGCUGAGGGCCCAAUGGCUUUGUAUAAGGGAUUUAUCCCUACAAUUUCAAGGCAGGGACCAUUUACUAUUGUGCUCUUUGUUACAUUGGAACAGGUCCGAAAGUUGCUUAAGGAUUUUUAAAUUAAUUGAUGAUGACGAAGAAUUUUGAUUUAGUUGAUGAUUCAUUAAACAGUAUUAGUUCCUCAAGAUUUGGAAUGAAGAAGGAAAAUGUUAGAUGUUGUGUUCUCUCUUGUUAGUGUUGUUAUGUUAUUAGUAUUACUAUAUAUUAUAUGCUACUUUUUAAUAUAAAGAGACGUGCCGUUUGGUACACGAAUUGUUGAUUUGCUGAUCA